AUGAAAGUUCCCUCCUCUUUCUUGCUGAAGAACUUCUCAAAGCCAACAUCUGGUAAGUACACAUAUCACCCACACAUCACUAAGUUCAUACAAGCUGCUCUGUAUAUACCUCAGAAUUUCAAUUUGGAAGUCUUGGUGGCAAGGGAAUAUAUUGGCUUCUACGAACUAGAAACUGAUCAUAAUGAAAUGUUACUAAAGUUGGCCAAGCUCAACUUUAGGUUCAUGCAGCUUCAUUACAUUCAAGAUCUGAAAACUCUAACGAGAUGGUGGAGGGAUCUAGAUUUAGUAUCUAAGAUACCAAAUUACUUCAGAGAGAGAUUGGCGGAGCCUUAUUUCUGGGCGACUGGGAUUUAUUACGAGCCACAGUAUUCAGCUGCGCGGAUUAUGCUGGCCAAAGCCCUCAUUGUAUUUGACAUCGUGGACACCACAUUUGAUGUAUAUGGUACUCUUGACGAAGUUAAGAGCCUCGUUCAAUCCGUUGACAGGUGGGAUUAUGACGGCCUAGAUGUACUACCGGGCUAUCUCAAAAUUGUCUUCAGAACAAUGGUUGACAUGUUUAAAGAACUCAAAGAAAAUGUGAGUUCAGAAAGAAGAUGUUUUACUAUGCAAUACGCAUACGAGCAGCUCAAGAUAGUCAUGAAAGCUUACCUGAAAGAAGCCGAAUGGUCAAAUACAGGGCAUGUGCCAAGCUAUGAAGAGUACAUAGAGGUUGGGAUGUCUUCGACCGCAGGUCAAGUGCUGCUAGCAAUCACCUUCAUUGCUAUGGGUGAUAUUGCAGGAGACGAAAUUUAUGAAUGGCUGAGGUCAAGACCAAAACUCACCCAUAUUGCUAAGUCUCGUCUCAGAGAUGAUAUUUCUACCUUUAAGGAGGAGAUGGAAAGAGGAGAUAUUGCGAAUGGGACCAACUGUUAUACGAAGCAAUAUAGAGUAACUGAGGAAGAAGCGUGUCUUGAGUUUGAGAAAAGAACUGAUCAAAUGUCUAAGGUCAUGGACGAAGAGUUUAUGAAGGCAGCCAGUUUUGUACCGCUUCAUAUCCUAAGGCCUGUUUUGAAUUAUGGACGCUUAGGAGAUGUGAUCUACAAGUACGGAGAUGGGUACACCUUUGCUGGAGAGAAGAUCAAAGACUAUAUCACCUCUUUGUAUGUCGAUCUCAUCACUCCUUAA